CGCGAAUGCGCAAAAUUGGCAUUGUCCGGCUUUAAAUUAGGUCAGCAAUGUCACAGUUACUAAUAAUCAUGUCAUUCUGACUGCAUCAAAUUAAAAUAAGUAAUUCAGUUUAAUUUUAUUUGAAAAAAUUAAAAAAUUUCAGUUAUCUUCAUUUGCACUAAUAUGGUCAUAAAAAUUUUCACAGAGGAACAACUUCGUUUGAGAAAUAAAUUGGAACACAAAGAUAACAAGGAGGAAAAUUGGGAAGAAGAAGGCAUCAAGUUUAAAGAUGCAUUUGUUGAAACAAGCCUCGUAGAAGAAAUACAGGAAAAUGAUGAACCAAAAAAGAAAAUUAAGAAACUAUUUUAUGUUAAUGAAAUGCCCGACCACUUGCAAUUUAAUCCUCAUAUUUUAACAGGAUACCGUCCACUACAAUCUCCUUUAGGAUGUGUUACAAGUGUGUUUCAGUGGCAUAAUGAAACUAUUAAUAUCAUAACACACGCUAUUCCAAUAUUUUACAUUAUCCUAACAGUACCUGAUGUUCUUCCAUGGCACUCAAAAGAACUUACUUUUUUGGCUUGGUGUCACAUAGCUGGCAUUUUAUGCCCAUGGUUAGGCAGUUUGGUUUAUCACAUGUUUAUGAACAUAAAUUAUGGGCCUCUUGCCUAUUAUAUCCUUUUACAAAUCGAUAUGUUGGGGAUUUGGGUUAGUCAAAGUAUUGGCGCUCUUCCAUUAGUUUUUGCUUCCACAAAAUGCCUUCCAUUAGUAUUGAGUUGGUCCAUAAUAACGUUUUAUUGCUUAUUAAGCAUAUGGGGCUUAUACAAGGCAAUGAUAGCAUGGUCUCCAUGGGAUCGUCGAUUAUGCUACUUGCUGCCAUUUUUAACUAGAAUAUGCUUGUGGUGCUUGAGAUUAACCAGUAUAGGUGGCGGGGAUCCAGCUGCAUUUUUACAUGUCAUUUUACAGGAUGUCGUGUCUAUCACUGGAGGUUGCAUCGGUGCAGUCCAUGUGCCAGAAAAAUGGUUCCCAGGUUCUGUAGAUUUGUACCUAAAUUCGCAUAAUAUAAUGCACGUAUUGGUGGUAGCUGCUGUAUGGAGUAUGCACCGAGCGACUGUGUUAGAUUUACAUUGGAUGGCAAAAAAUCAGUGCCACUUAUAGAGAAAACAAAAUUAUCAGGUGUUUCCAUAGUGCAAACCUAUGUAAGAGUAGGCAUGUUUUAAAAAAUACUGCAAUUCUUGUAGGAAUAAGCCAUACAUUCUAGUCUUGCGGCGUGGCAACCCAUCCAAUAAUUAUUCUGUUGAUUGAUAAUUUAAAUUUUUCGUAAGUAAGAAUUAAAAAAAUAUCAUUUAAAAAAGUCCAUAUUAUCACUAAAAAUCUGAGUUCAUUAGUUAGAACAUUAAACUAGAGAUACUCACUUAUUAAAAUAUGUAUUUAAAUUUUCAUUAGAACUUACACAGUUUAAGCUUUAAUUUUUGAGAUUAGUGAUUAGUGCAACACUGCCUCUAUGGGACAAUGGGUGAGAAAUGCAAAUGCUAAAACUAAUUUAACAAUAAUUUCCUCUGAUGAUUCUAUACUUAGAUAAAAAAAUAGUUCCAGCGUGAUUCCAUGUAAUAUAGAAAUUUUAGUACACACUUACUCAACUGAGAGUAAUCUUCAAUGACAAAUAGAAUUAGGGCAAACAUGAAACAACAAUUAUUUCUUUGAAAAAUUGCAAAAAUAUAAUAAAUAAUUAAUCUGAUGAGAAAUGUAGGCAAUACGCAAUACUAUUUUUUAGGAUGCUUGUACCUUGUACUUCUUUUGUCACCACAGCUACCUAAGUUUGCCAUUAAGCACAACCAAGCUUUAUUAGUUUUCCCAAUUUAUUGAAAAUUAUAUCUAUAAGUAAAAUAUGCUGUGAUUUUGAAAUAUAUUGUACAUAAACUUGAUAUUUGUGUUUUUACUUACUGAAUAAUUAUUAUCUAGGGAGUCUGAGAAUCCCUAAAACAAUUAAAUAAACCCAAAAAUGAACGAUAUUUUAUUAAGUAUUUUUCACAUUAUUACAAGGAAAAAACAAAUAACAUUCAAAAUAAAUUUUCUGUUUAAAACAGUAACAAUAUUAUAAUAUCCAUAUACAUAGUGUUUAUAGUUUGUACAUUUUAAUUUGUGGUCUCUCAACAUUCCGAAUGUUUAGGCAAUAAUAAUUAUUGCUACCUAUUAGUUUUAAAAACGAAUAUGCAAUAAGAUGCACUAUGCUAGUGAUUAAUACAAAUUAAUAUGGACGGCGCAAACUAGUCACACGCGCUCUUUCAUAAGGUUAAAUAAAAAUAUAUUUAACAUCCAACAUAGCUAUGAGCCAAUUUGUUGACAACAGAAAACAUUAUAAGAAAUUUGAAGCAAGUCUCAAUGAUAUCAAAGUUCGAUUUCAUGUAUGAAACAUGAAACACUGAGGUGCUAUAAUAUAAUAUGAGGAUUGUACUGUAUUUAGUGAACUGGAUAUUUUGAUUUCCGCAAAGACAUGGCUUUAACACGUUGUUUUUUCAUGUGAAACUGAGCAUUACCAAUAUUCAGUUGGAAAUCGUUGACAAAUAAACUAUACAACAAGUAGCGCACAGUAGGGCAAAUACUUAAAUUGGUUCAGAUAUUGAUACUGCUUGAAUAGAUCUAUUUUUCUUUCUACUAAAAACGAUCUGCAGUUAGAGAAUGGAGCGAAAAUUCUUAAAACGUGUAGCAUUUAAAAUGCGAAUACCUCUAGAACCACCUGGAAAAAUUAAUAUAAUAGGAGCUUUGUACUGAAUUUCUGAAACACAUAAACAACAUGCCUUUCCUGCUAAAACUAAAACUACGAUCCAAACUAAAUACCUGAAUGAAAAGGAGAAUCGACAAUUCGGGAAAACAAUUUUCUCUAAAAGAUACUUGCACUGUUCCUCUUUACUCGAUUAGCCCAGGCCCCAUAUUUGUAGACCUUAUUUAAAAUACAAACACAUACCUGCCUAAAUGUAUAUGGUACCUUAUUUCUCAAAAUAUAAACACACAUACAAAAAUAUUAAUUUCUUUCUUUAAUUUAAAGGUUGAUCAGACUCUGACGUGAAACUUUUAACUCUGGAAUACCAUAGGGGCGGAAAGCGAUUCUGUAUCAAAUCAAAACUGGUAGUAUUCUCAUGUCCUUGCUUUGAUUUAGUGAAUAUAGAGUAGUAGCUCCAUACCAACUUAACGUGCCGACGAGAUUUGCGACUUUGGAUUUUCAAUU